ACACACAGGUGACGAAUUCGCCCGCGUCAUCCUCAUCCAUCGAGCACGUUGUGCCUUUCACCAACCUGCGCCCCGCUCCCCAAGCAUCUCUCCUCCGAGUAUAAAAGAAGCAGCAGCAACUGAACCUACCUCUAACCAUAUCGAAUUGGAUAGUUGGAUGUCGGAUCAUCCUCGCCGCAACACAGAGCCAGUGACAGAGAUCACGAGUGAAGAAGACCAAGACCAAUGGGUUCCUGCGUCUCCCGCUCCACGGCGGUGACGUCGGAGGCGGCGGCGGAGUCCGUGCGCGCGCUGACGGCCAUGGUCGUGGGCCUGGACGGCUCCCUGGCGCAGUUCGCGGCGCCUGUCACGGCGCACCAGGCCCUGGCCGCUGCCGGCGCUGCCGGCGCAGCGCCGUCGUCGCCGGGCACUAGCUUCCUCUGCUGCUCGGACGAGCUGGACUUCGACGCGCCCGUCCGCGCGGUGGGCGCGCGCGACGCGCUGCAGCCCGGGCAGCUCUACUUCGCGCUGCCGGUCGCCAUGCUCGGGCGGCCGCUGCCCGCCCAGGACAUGGCCGCGCUCGCCGCCAGGGCCGCCGCGGCUCUAGGGACGGCGACCGUCGCCGUCGCCACCGCAGGCGUGCCGUCGCGGGGCAGGAGUAAGGUCGGCGCGGCCAGCAACAAGCGGCAGAGAUGGCAGACUGCGGGGCGGCGAGUCGCGCCGCUCGUCGACGUCGUCGUGAGCGCGCGCGCGGACGGCGGGUGGAGGAGCGACCACGUGCGCGGCGGAUCAUACGGCGACGCGGCCAAGGCGGUGGAGUGCGGCGACCGAACCGUGGGGAAGGCGAGGUGGGGAGUCGGCCACAGAGGUGUCGCUCGCCGUGUGCCGAGAUUGAGCGCGAUCGGGGAAGCAGCUAGCGAGUGAUCCAUUGAUCAGCAUUCAGAAAUACGGAGAACUAGUUUGAUCAUGGUUAGCCAGUCAAUUUAGUUGAGAUGCCCCCCUUCCAGAUAUAGGUGUACAGUAGCGUGUGCAGUACAGCUCAGAUUCUUUGUUAGUACUAUGUUCGUUUGGAUCUCUCAUGAGUGAAAUCGGUGAUUGAUCAAUGAAAUUAGGAUUGAUUCUUUUCCCGUA